GGCGGGAUCCCAAAGGGGAGUAUGGGGAGGGGGGAUGGGAGAGGCGGGGUUCUACCCCUGAGAGCCUGCGCAGCCCCUUGACCUCCCCCCCCCCUUCGCGCUGCGCUCGCUGGCAGGAAGUUUGUCCCGGCCGCCUCGCCGUCCGGUAUCCAAGGCGGGCCGGGAGAGCGGCCCCUAGCAACGGGCCGGGAGCGGGGCCAUGGCCGCCGCCGCCGCCCCCCCCACCGUCUUCCUGCUCAUGGUGAACGGGCAGAUCGAAAGCGCCCGGUUCCCCCAGUUCGACCAUCUCUACUGCAAGUACUGCUUCGCCUACGGCCCCGACUGGGCCCCCACCACGGGUUUGGAAGAGGGAAUAUCUCAGAUCACCUCUAAAAACAGAGAUGCACAGCAAGCCCUUGUGUGGAAUUUUCCAAUUGACAUCACCUUUAAAAGUACCAACCCCUCUGGCUGGCCACAAAUAGUGGUAAGCGUCUAUGGACCUGAUCUUUUCGGAAAUGAUGUCGUCCGAGGUUAUGGAGCUGUUCAUGUUCCGUUCACACCUGGAAGUCAUAGAAGAACCAUUCCUAUGUUUGUUCCAGAAUCCACGUCUAAGCUGCAAAAAAUUACAAGUUGGUUCAUGGGAAGACACCCAGAGUUCACUGACCCAAAAGUGGUAGCGCAGGGAGAAGGCCGAGAAGUGACCACGGUGCGAUCCCAAGGCUUUGUGACCAUUUCCUUCAACGUGGUGACUAAAGACAUGAAGAAGUUGGGCUAUGACGUAAGCCCGUCUGACAUGCAGAACCCUUCAAUAGUGUCUCUUACAGAUGGGAUUCAUAACCAUUAAAUGAUUGGUGGGUGGGAGAUUUUCAAAGGCACACAUAGGAGGCAAGCACCAUACUUGUACUGAUCUUCUAUUUUAAUAUGAAAGCUCAAGCCAUAAGGUGUUUUGCAAAAUACUUUUCUAUCAUAACCUUUUGUACAUUUUUUUUUAGUUAAUGAAUUGCCAGUUUACAUUUGUUUUUAAAAAAUAGUUCCAAUGUAUUCCAAAAAUCAGUGCAGGCCUAAAAUUGUGUACUAAUGUUUUUGAAGUGGUAGUGGGAAAUUCAAAUGGCCAUACCUUCCACAAGGAAGGGAAUCUGAGAAUAUUUCAGUGAAACAUUCAUGCACUUUCUUCUGCGAAAGCAAUAUUUCUUCUUCAGGCUGCUACUGCAGUGUUCCAUUAUAAUCCCAUUUGGAAGUGCUUUAGAACUAACUUGAUAAAAUAUUUCAUAUACAGUAAGAGUAAAUCCUUCCAAAAUUUUCAAUGAAAGCAGUUUGGCUUUUGCUUUUAAAAAAACUAUGAGACACAAGAAAAUGACGCUUCCAGUUCCCUUCCCCUCCCCUUCCCCCAAUCAAGCUUAAGCACACCAACAGCAACAAAAAAAUGGUUUGUUUUAGGGGGGAGUGGGGGAGGAGUUUACAGAGAGCUAAGUGUUUAAUAUCCCCUUGCUUGUGCAUUUACCUCUCAUUGGCACCAUUCAGAUUUAAGUGCAGAUAUUGCGGGAGAAAUAGAUCACAGUGUGAGGAUCUGGAAAAGAGCACGCAGCCUGAGUAAACAGGACGUGCACUCAGCCAUAAGCAAUGGGGAAUCCUCUGGUCCAACCUGUUACAGAUCCCCUCUGCUAUAAGGGAUUGGCAGGAGUAGCAAUCCGGGCCACCUCUUUCUGAUUAUGCAACUUUUUGGAAUUUGUGCAUUUUCUUUGUUAUUGCUGAAGGCACUUCUCCCCUUGUCCUCUUAGCCCAGCUCUUCUGUGUGUUCGAUUCCACAAUAAGCUAAAGUAAUAACUCUGUGAUGAUGGCAUCAGCCUUUUGCCAAUGAAAUGUGUGUGAUAUCACAAAUCCAGCAUUCGAAUGACAGUCCAGGAUAGGCUGUGAGGCAGAUAAUUGUUUAUAUGGGUCCUAUACCAUGGCUUUCAGUAACCAACAAACGUGGUAAGGAAAAUAACAUGCUGAAUUUCAAGUUUGAUUUACAAAGGUUUUCCUCACUGUUUGUAUAACCUUAGAAAUUGUCAUCACGUUGUUUCUUAUGACAGUACAUGGCAACAGCGCCAAAGCUAACACACUAUUCUCAGCUGACUGCAGUUUGAGGGUACAAAGAAAGGCCUUCAUUCUGAGGGUAUGUCUAUACUGCAAUAAAAGUCAUGGGCAAGGCCGCAGCUGGCGUAGGUCAGCUGACUUGUGCUGCAGGACUACAAAAUUGCAGCAUAGAUGUUUGGCCUCGGGCUGAAGUCCUGGUUCUGAGACCCUGGAAGGGAGGUGGGUCUUAGAGCCCAGGUGCCAGCCUGAGCCCAAAUGUCUAUGCUGCCAAUUUGAGCCCUGCAGCCCAAGCCUGAGUCAGCUGACCCGGCCACUGAGACUCGAUGCCAUAGGUUUUUUACUUCAGUGUAGACAUACGCUGAAUGUCCUCCCUUCCCUGACGUUUCACAUGACUCUUGGAUAAGCUGAUGUUAGCGCUCUGCAUUUGGAUUGAAUAAACCCAAAUAGCUAAAUAUUUAUAUUUUUUGUCUUUUGUGUGCUUUUUACCCCUUAGGGGAACCAUUUAUUAGUCCAAAGCAACACAAGCUCUAGUCUUCUUAUGAUCUUCCCACCAUUCUUUGUGUCCAAACUACGGAACUUAAAUCCAUAGUGAGACAUCUGAUUGUUUAGUCAAUUUGAGAGACUGUAUUUGGGUACGUAGAUUUGCAAAUUUUGACUUCAAAUACCACGAGAAGACCAGACUUAAUAUUCUUUCACCUUAUUUAUAAGUCACUGAGACAUUAAAAAGCCUUUGGAAAAACAAGCACAAAGAAAAACACAUUUUGAACCACUGCACAUCCAUAGUAAUAUUAAAUAAAGCAUACAACUUAUAGUACUAUAAUUCCUUAUGCAUGUAAAGCUGAACAAUGUGUUUUGUAAAUAUAAAUGACGAAGAUAUUGUAAAGCACCUUGGAAUUUUGUCUGUUCCUUAGUCAUUUUGUACUUUUAUAAAUGAUUUUACAAAUGUA